GUUAUCUCCCUCUGUCCUCUCUCUCUCUCUUCGGGCCACCCGUCUUCAUUUCCUCCCAAACUAGAAGGUGGGUUUGGCUCAUAAACUUCUACCUAGCUUCAUUUCUCACCCCUGACCUCUCCCAACCCCAAAUUAAAGCUCCCUCACUCUAACACAAUACCCAAUUCCCGUGUUCUUCCUUUGUUUCAGUAAUCGAUUGCCCUGUUUUAAACUCAUCUUAGAUAACGAUGUCUUCUAUUGUUUGCCAAGGGUUGCAAUCAUGUCUCGUCGAACCCACUGCCGUAAGGCUCAAACUGGCUCCACCACCCAGCUCCAACUUUUCUCCAUCCUCUGAAUGGUCUCACAGGCCCUCUACCCCUGACUCUGACCCUCACCCUAAUCAUCACGACAACAACAGUAAUCACAAAACCGAAAACGGAGACGUUAACCGUGGCUGGAGCUUCAUGGAAAAUCUCCUAAACACUUCCAAAAAUUCAAAGGAAGAAAUUGAUAAUAAAGAAGUCUAUGUUCAUCCUCUGCACAAGCGUUCUGCCACAAGGGUGGGUGAGAUAAGCUUGGAAAUGUGCACUGAGAACCUGGGCAGCGAGACCGGCAGUGACAUUACCCAAAGCUCAUGGGAAAAUGCAAAGUCUCCAGCGAAGGAAAGAUCAAAAUUUAAAGAAAUUAGCAGAAAAAAGCUGGAUAGGAGCGCGACUUUCCCCCCUCCCCUGACUUCAAUCAGCGGGUUCGGGUGCGUGCAGGUGAGGCCUCACCGAGAAGAGGGCCGCUUGGUUCUGAAAGCCGUUACCGUCUCCUCCUGCAAUACUUAUUUCCAUGCCGAGCGGAGCGACGGCCGCCUCAGGCUGCGGUUGUUGAAGGACUGCUCCAGCGAAAUCAUCGAUAGCGCGGAAGCUGAAGCAGAGGAAGAAGCAGAGGAGGAAGGAGGGGAUGACGAAGAAGAAGCCGGGGACGAAACUGGGGAGGCAGAAGGGGAAGGUGAACUUGAGGGGGAGGGCAGUGAGAGCGAGUGCGUGCAUUCAUGGGGGAAUGAGGAGGGGGAGUUGGAAGGGAAUUGUGGAAACGUCGGGGGUAAAAUGGGGAGAAGAAGCGUUGGAAGGCCAAACAGGUGCAAGCAGGAAGGGUGUGGGAACAAGGAAAUGUACACUCGGCCUUUUUGGGUUGCUACCUCUUAAAGCUCUCAUUUGGAAAUUGGAACUCUCAUGUCAUGCACCCACCCCCAUUCCUUUCUUCCUAGUACUGCACCUGCGCACUUUAAUUUCUUUCUCUCUCCAUCUUCAUAUCUCUCAUCUGCGAAUUCAGGCAUCUCUCUCUCUCUCUCUCUCUCCCUAUCAAACUCACAACCAUAUUAAUUGAUUGUGUAGUUGUAUUUUUCCUACACAUGCUCUCGGAAUUGAUGUUUUCCAUUAGGUAUAUUGGCCUGUUUAUGGUUAGUUAUUUUCGUUAUUGGACA